AGCAAUCCUUGCAACUUCACUUCCCUGUUCUUCUCCCCUUCCGAUAUGGCCCCCAAGAAACGCCUUGGGGACUUCAUUUCUGAAGCUAAGGUCAUCAUCAAAGCACACCCUCGUCACUUCCACAUUCUCUCUCUCAUCUUCCUCUUCCCCCUCUCCCUCUUCCUCCUCCUCUCUCCCACCAUCUCUAACCUUUUCCACUACUUCUUCACCAACAACAACUCUCCCACCCUUCAUCCAUCACAAACCCUCAACCCCACCUUUUUCCUCUAUUCUCUUUUCCUUUUGCUCUUCUCCAACUGUGGAGUCAUCACCAUCACCUAUAGCGUUUUCCACUUCUCCCAUGACCAACCCGUGGACCUCCCAUCCACCAUAAAGUCCAUUUCCACUUCCUUCCUACCCCUUCUCGCCACCACCAUCGUUUCCCAACUCAUCUUCUUCUUCAUCACUUUUCUCUACUGUCUUCUCUUGAUGCUUCUCCACCUAACAUUUCUUCCACACUUGUCCCCUUUCACCAUAGGAUUCUUAAUUAUUCUUCCUUUGAUAGUGGUGCAGACGUAUUUGGAAGUUAACUGGACCCUGGCGAGUGUUAUCGUGGUGAUGGAAUCAUGUUGGGGUAUGGAGCCCCUGAGAAGAAGUGCGAGGUUGAUCAAGGGAAUGAAAGGAGUGGCCCUAUCUUGUAUCUUCUUCUAUGGAUUCUUCGCCUUCAUCUUUACGUGGAACUACCUUUUUGUGACGAGGGGUUAUCAUGGAUCUACAGAAAGUUGGGUUGCUGCGGUGUUGAAUUGGGUGGUGAUUCUGUUUGGUUCUUAUUUCCAGGCUAUGCUUAUGCUUUCUCAGAUUGCUGUUACUACAGUCUUGUACAUAUACUGCAAGGCAAAUAACGUUGAGAUUGCAGAGGAAUUUGGAAAGGACUAUGUUAGCUUGCCCUUCCAUGAUGAUGGGAAAAUCUCGCAGGUUGUUUGAGCUAUGGGUCUGAUGUUGAAGUGAAAUUUGUUUGUUAUGAAAUCUCUCUGUAAUGGAUGCGAGUGGGGAUGAGGUUUUCUCUUAGACCCUGUAUGAAUCUAUUUUUGUUCAUAAAGUUCCACAGGAUCAAAUUUUAUCUUUUGUAUACAAUCUAUUAGGAAAAAAGAAAAAACUAUCGUGAAAAAAAAAGAAAGGAGACAGUAUGGGGUGUGUGUUUGAGUAUCUGGUCUCCAAAUAAAAAUUUGUGCUCAUUGUCAUUUUUAUGUUAAGAUAUGAUUUUUUUUUGUUUUA